CUCUCAGCACUAAUUAACGCGCCCCCUCUUCACUCCGGUCUCUGUAUAGUCGUCUCCUUCGCCCUUCCCCGCAAUUUUCCUCCAAUCCCAGCGCGGAUCUCGCUUCUCUCUCUCUCUCUCUCUCUCUCUCUCUCUCUAUAAUCAUAUCGAAUCUGCAGUCACUUGCGUAUAGUAUAACUAUCAGAUGCUGCCUUCCCCAAGCUGAAGCUUGGAUUCAACGGAAAAUAUGAGAGCAAAUACAGGAGCCAGCCCCGUAGAGCCCCGACAACGACUCUCUCUCACUAGUGACGAUGCAGGCAAACGGAAAUCUUUCAGAAGUAGAGUUUUUAAAGAUAGUGUAAAACCCUUCUACAUAUCCAGCCAAGAUAGGAACUCAAGUUGCAAACUCUCCACUUAUCUUGUGUUAGUGACUAUUAUUAUUUUGGGAACACUUUUCACAUUUCUCCACUCUCCAGCGGUUUAUAACACCGACCAUAUAUCCAAAGAGGGGUCUAGAACAACUUUCGUUGACAGUUGGAUAAGGGAUACGUCAACCUCAGAUCAGCGGUAUAUCUCACAUGUAGAUGUCAACUGGGAUCAUAUUUCUGAAGUAAUUGAGAAACUAACCGACCAAAACGAGUAUCAGGGUAUAGCUCUCUUAAACUUCAAUGGAAGUGAAAUUGAACAAUGGAGUCUGUUUAUACCAGAAAUAGAGCAUGUUAUUCUGAACCUAGAUCAUGUCUCAAACAAUAUCACUUGGGAGUCCCUGUACCCAGAAUGGAUUGACGAGGAAGAGGAAUUUGAGGUUCCCACUUGUCCUAAAUUACCAAAGCUUCAGGUCCCUGGAAAACCACGACUGGAUCUCAUUGCCGUCAAACUUCCAUGCAACAAGUCAGGGGACUGGUCAAGAGAUGUGGCCCGCUUGCACUUGCAACUUUCAGCAGCAAGGCUCGCUGCCACAGCUAGAGGGUAUCAUCCAGUGCGUGUACUUUUGGUGACGGAUUGCUUUCCCACUCCAAAUCUUUUCACCUGCAAAGAACUUCUUGUACGUGAAGGCGAUGUAUGGCUGUACGAACCCAAUCUUAAUAUGUUGAGAGAAAAGCUCCAGCUCCCAGUUGGGUCAUGCGAGCUUGCGGUUCCUCUCAAGGCUAAAGAGAACUGGUACUCAGCAGACGCACGACGAGAAGCGUAUGCAACCAUCCUUCACUCAGCUCACUUAUAUGUUUGUGGAGCCAUUGCUGCAGCUCAGAGCAUCCGCAUGGCAGGUUCAACUCGAGAUCUUGUAAUACUUGUCGAUGACACAAUCAGCGAAUAUCACAGGGGAGGCCUGGAGGCUGCAGGGUGGAAAAUCCGUACAAUUCAGAGAAUUCGGAACCCAAAAGCGGAGCGUGAUGCCUACAACGAGUGGAACUACAGCAAAUUCCGACUCUGGCAACUGACAGAUUAUGACAAGAUUAUAUUCAUCGAUGCCGACCUUCUCAUCCUUAGAAACAUCGAUUUUCUUUUUGAGAUGCCGGAAAUAUCCGCAACGGGAAAUAACGGGUCAUUGUUCAAUUCUGGUGUGAUGGUUGUCGAACCGUCUAAUUGUACGUUCCAAUUGUUGAUGGAUCAUGUUGAUGAGAUCGAAUCCUACAAUGGUGGGGACCAGGGGUAUCUGAACGAGAUCUUCACAUGGUGGCACAGGAUUCCAAAACACAUGAAUUUUCUGAAGCAUUUUUGGGAAGGCGACGAGGAGGAGAAAAAGGAGAGAAAAACAGUUCUCUUUGGAGCGGACCCUCCUGUCCUGUAUGUCCUCCACUAUCUGGGAUUGAAGCCGUGGUUAUGCUUCCGUGACUACGAUUGCAACUGGAAUGUGGACAUAUUGCAGGAAUUCGCAAGCGAUGUUGCGCACAAGAAGUGGUGGAAGGUCCACGAUGCCAUGCCGGAAAACGUUCAAAAGUACUGCUUGCUGAGGUCAAAGCAGAAGGCCGCAUUGGAGUGGGACCGGAGGCAAGCCGAGAAAGGAAACUACACGGAUGGUCACUGGAAGAUCAAGAUAAAAGACCCACGCUUAGAGACGUGUUUCGAGGACUUUUGCUUCUGGGAGAGCAUGUUAUGGCACUGGGGUGAAACGAACUGGACCGAUAACGCCACUGCUGCUGCUCCUCCACCACCGCCCGCAAUCUCCACCGCAUCCCUCUCUUCUUUGUAGUAAAUACUGAGUUCUUUUCCUCCAAUACAAGUUUUCUCUACAGAGAUGAAUCAAGAGCUUCUACAGUUUCAGAUUUUACCCAAUGCAAUGAAGAAGUGUAUUUUUUAAGUCUUCUUGGACAGCUUGAAGCUAUUAACCCUUGUGCAAUUUUUAGUAGGAGAUCAAACAUUUCACCUUGUACGGAGAUAAAGGGUGUGAAAGCAGGAAUACAUUCGUAUAUUGUGGGUCAUACUUGAAUGAAUAUGGAUUACAUAAUUCGAAA